AUGGUAGUGUCCGGAGCCGGGGACUAUACUCGUCUGCGUGUCUCCUGCAAAGGUCCGAGCCAGGGUCAGAGCCCAGCACGCUCCUACUACUGCGACUUCCAGGGCAAACCCAACCUGUGCCGUGCCUACAACCUCAACCCUCGCCACUACUUCACCCAGAUGAUGUGGGAGUUGAGGAAGCUGAGCCAUGCCUGCCAGGGGCCCAAAAUCUACCGCCCACAGAUGUGUAAGAAAUACCCCGACGAGGCCCAGAUGACCUUCCUGGCCACCUGGCCCAAGACCACCACCCCCAAACCCUCCAAGCCCGCCCAGGAGCCGCGCAAACCAGCAGUGCCUUCCCAGACCAAGCCCGUCACUACUCCAAAACCUGUCAAGCCUCAGCCACAGCCCGUCAAGCCCCAGCAGCCAAAUAAGGGCACCCAGCAGCCAAGUAAGGGCACUCAGACCAGAAAAACUACCCAUAAGCCUGGGAAGACCACUACUCGCCCCACAGAGCAGCCUGACUCCAAAGCUUCCCGCCUCGCCACAGAGUACUGCUGGAAGAGCUUCCAUGGCAUCUGCAGCUACUUCAUCAGCUGGUUCCAAAACUGA